AUGGUACGAAAGAAGCUGAACAUGUAUACAUACAUACCGGUGCCAGCUCGUGCAGGUGCCGGCGUGCGGCUGUCGAAACUACCGCGAGUACCGCCGCGGCGCGAGGAGGUGUUGGGCAGUGAGGGCUUGGAGUACACAUUCCUGCGCGAUGGCGACGUCAUCACCACCGAGGGAGCCACGCUCCGGGUGGUGUACACACCGGGACACACGGACGACCACAUGGUGCUGCUGCUGGAGGAGGAGGGCUCAGUCUUCUCAGGCGACUGCAUCCUGGGCGAGGGCACGGCCGUGUUCGAGGACCUCUACACGUACAUGCGCUCGCUCGACCUGCUGCUCAAUCUCAAGCCCAAGCUCAUAUACCCCGGCCACGGGCCGGUGGUGCAGGAUGCGCAGGAGAAAAUCCGUGGCUAUGUGUCACACCGGCAGGCGCGCGAGCGGGCGGUGAUGUCCGUCGUCGGCGCCCACGCCGGGAAAGAGCUCUCGUUGGAGGAGCUCGUGCGCCUCGUGUACACGGACACUCCUGAACACUUGUAUAAGGCAGCAUCCUGGAACCUGCACCAGCACCUCAAGAAGUUGGAGAAGGAGGGCACAAUCGUCAGAGUGGGAGAAGGAGAGGAGGGAAAGUGGAAGAGCAAGCUGUGA